AUGGACUCGGCUCAAGCGAGCGAAAAGUUAUUUCAAGCUUGCAAGUUAUCGCUGAUCAAUUACUUGAAGAAGCUGGAGCGGGAUACUGAAAUCGAAAUCGUACCCAAAACGGUAUCGAACCAGUGGAGCUACAAGAAAUUCACAAAAUUGACGCGACUCAUUAGAAAGAAAGUGGAUGAAGAGUUGGCUGCCGAAAUUGUUAGUGGAUGGACCCAAUCUUACAUCUUUCAUACGCGCGGAUGGUCACAGAAUGACCUGACAGUGAUAGAAGUUGAAGACGCUUUGCCAAAGGUCAUGCGAUUUAUCGAUAUCAUAGAAAAAGAGCUGAAGGUCGAGAAAGAAAUGGCCAUAUAUCUAAAGAAACAUUUAUUCCAAUUGGAUCUAGAUCAAAUGGCAAACGAAAUUCACGAGCAUUCUAAAACUGGCAAUAUUUCUCUUAUAUUUCAAAGCAUUAAUAUGCAGAAGGAUCUCCGAAAGCAGCUCAAUAUAAUUUAUCAGAAUAAAUAUGGAGAAGAUUUAACAGAUGUUCUGUUGAAGAAUCAGAAAGGAUGCCGAGAACAUUUCAGUUAA